AUGCAAGUUUCGGAUCCAACGGCUGCUUCGGUAGAGGAUACCUCCAGUUCCGUGAAGGAUUAUCGUUACUUCAUUGGAGGUAUUCAGCGUCACAUCACGCAACAAGACAUUGAACGCUACUUUUCAGCCUUUGGCGAGUUUGAGGGGUUUACAAUGAAGCGGGAUUCGGCAGGCAAUUCGCGGGGGUACGGCUGGAUAUCGUACAGAAGUCCACCCCUGGGAAUUGCGCGACAGGACCCACACGUGUUGAAGGGUGUUGUGCUUACUGUGGAACAGGCACGUAGUCGAGGUCCUCACGAAGGCAACCGCUCAGAGAAGCGUAGCUACGUGAAUGAAGGAGCGUCCCUCCGCCGCCGCCGAUCCCGCUCUCCCUCUUCAAGUUCCUCAUCUUCCGUGGCGUCACGACGAGGAAACUACCGUCGUUUUACUUCAUCACGGCAAGAAAAUGCCAAUAGCACCUCAAGGUUGCCUGCCAUAGCCGUGGGAAAUUCCCGCUUGCCACCGUUGUCGACACAAAUGUAUUCUUCGGCACCUCCCGCUCAAUCGUCAACAUCCACAACAAUUCAUGGGAAUGUUGUUUCCACCAACAACUGCGAUGAUGGUAACACCGUGACUGAGACGUAUCUUUGUAUUCCAAUAACGUUGUGUCCAUCGGAGUACCUCAGUGACCCUCGAACAUUCUGUGCCAGACUAGAUCAGAACCGUGUUGGCAGCCUUAAUAUUGUCCCAACACCUCUCGUUUCCACAAAUGCCGCAUCCGUUUCCGUUCCACCGCCGCCACCGCCACCGCCGCCUUCCACGAGAAAUCUCAGUCAGUAUGGUUUAAUUGGUGAAAGGGACUCAAGAAAUAAUGCCGGUUUGCCACAAUCCGUUUCGUCUUCUUCAACGACGCGUGUUGCAAUGCAACGUGGUAUGACGCAUUGA